AAAUGCUAUCAGCAAUAUGUUUGAAACACUGUCAUUUUCCUGUUCUUCUAAGGACAGUAAUGAGCCAUCCCAAGAUAAGAGCAAGUGGAUCACCACAAGACAAGAUAGCUGUGCUUUUGUAAAAAGUCCAUUACCCUGUAUUAACAAAGCUAUUCAUCACAUUCAAGGGUUAGAAUUAAAGAUGGGGAAAUUCCAACAGUACAAUUAUGUGUUUAAGGAUGAGAAAAUACUGUGGAUAACAAAACAGGUGAGUGCUGAAUCCGUUGAAGAUAACUGGUUAUCAGUAUCCACUAAGCUGGAUUUUAAAGAAGCUGGUAUAUCUGUGAUGGAAAAAAUAUUUCAUAAUAAUGGCAAGACAUUAACCUUGAAGCAGGAAACAGAAGCUUUGCUAUUGGAAGUUACUGAGCUAAUUAAGUGUCUGGAGGCUGAUUGUGAGGAGGCAGAAAAAGCUUUGGAGUUGGAGAAACAGCGGAGGAAAAAGCUUGGCAUGAAAAUUGAUUGUAUGUCACUUCGGAGGCUUCAGAAGCUCCCCGCAGCCAUGCAAAAAGAAUAUGAAAUGUGUAUUCAAGAUACCUUGGAACUACGAUGGCAUUUUGAUUGUAAAAACCGUCAGCUGCAACAAGUAUAAAGCCAAAUAAUUAACAUAGAAACAGUCAACAGAAAGAUUCAGGAGGAUAUGGACUUCAUGAAGAAACACAGCCCUCUGCUGGAAGAAAAGCUGAAUCUAGAGGGCAAAGCUGUGAAGGAUGUGUUACUGGCAUAUGAAAAGACGUCAAAAAGAUAUAGUGAUGUUAGUUGUGAACUCAUGGAAAUCCAAAAGACAAUUGGUGAAGAAUCUGAAAAGAAGAUAAAAUCUAUAUAUAAGAAAAUGAAAUAUGCCGAGAUGCUAUUGAGUCAAUACAAGAAUGAGUUAAAGCAUUCUGAAUUUAUUUGGACCGAAUACUGUAUGAGGUUAAAAGAAACAGAGGAGAAGAUUAUAAAGGAUGAAAAACACCUUGAGGAGUUAGUGAAGCAAAAAGCAGAAAUCCAGGAAGAUGCAAAAUGUUGGAACAGCAAAGUGAAAGAAUUGAAUAAUAAAGUAGCUGCCCAAGGAGAUGAGAGUGUAAAAAUAUCAGAUGGUUCUUCUGAAGUGAUUACAGCUGUGGAAAAAAUAAAAUCCACCAGGGAAAGUGAUCUAUACAAUAUAAAGCAAAAGCUUCUCGGUACUAAUGAAGCAUUGGACAUUUUGAAACAUGAAGAUGAAGAAUUUAAGGGAGAAAAUGAAGAGUUUUUGCAAAAAUUUGGAAAUAGGCUUAAAGCAAUAUGUGAUGAGCUAGAGGAAAAGCAAAAAGAGAAACUCAAUAAAAGAGCAGAAGAUAUGAAGAAGAUAGAAGAGAUUGAGAGUCAAGUAAAUGAUCUAGAAACAAAAUUUAAAAGAAAUAUAUUUAAAGACAACCAUGAGAAGCUCUCCUGUUUGGAUCAGAGAUUACAAGAGCUAGAUAAACAGCAGAAGCAAACUGAAGAACAGCUGGAACAAAAAGAAUUUGUUUCCAGUCAAAUUGCUGAAAACUCUCACACUAUGAAAAAUUUUAAAAAUGAACUUAAAGAAUUAAAUGAAUUAUGGAACACAAAGCAAAUUCAGAUGGAAAAUACAGAAAAAUCACUGAUUUGCAUCUUCACUGUUAUCCUUUUACAGAAAAAUUUAAGUGAUGUGAUGUUUAAGCAGCAAAGUAUUCAGAUGGUAUUUAGUCAUCUCCAAGUUGAGCUAGCAGAAUAUGAGAAAAGGUUGAAACAGGAAGAAUAAACAUAUGGAGAAUUACUACAGAUUAGAAAGAAAAUACUGAAAGAUUCAGAAUUGAACCUCGCUCAAAUAAUUAAAGAAAAUCUGUGGUUAGCUCAAGAAUAUCAGAUCUUUCAGAACUACUGUUUAAACAGCAAAGAAGACCUCACAAAACUCUAUGACAACAAAAUCAGGAUUGCCAUUAGACAUCAGCAGCAGGUAAAGUGCUAA